UGAUAUUUUCACUUAACUACUAAACCCACUAGCCUAUUUAUCGUCUCCCCCUUUUCCGGCAAAAGCCUCCACCGCCUCCGACUGCGGUUUGCUUGGGUUGCGUAAACUGAGCUAUUCGGAUCCCUAUAGGAGUAAGUUUGUUUUCUUGAGAGCUUAUUGUUCUUUUUGUUUGAUGAUGGAUACCACUUCAAACGAGCUUCCUAGAAGGAAAGCUGAUUCAGAGACUUUGAUGAAAGGAACUUCUUCUGACGGUGAUAUACCAUUUUCUUCAGCUUGUGCUGUGAUUGUUGGUGAGAAGAGAAAGAUGAACGAAUAUGGUGGAAGUAGUAAUACUGGAAAUCGCGGUGUUGUACAUACCAAUAGAAGAGGGUCAAAUGAUGAUGGAGAUACAGAAAGGGGAGAAGAGUCGGUACAAAUACAACCAAAGAUUUCUGAAUUUGUUGGUCCCAAGUUUAAUGACUUUGGUAAUCUGAGGGAAGAAGUUAACUUUGCGGUUGGCCAGACCUGGGCUCUUUAUGAUACAACAGAUGGGAUGCCUAGAUUGUAUGCUCAGAUCAGAAAAGUUUCAGCUCCUUCUUUCGGGCUUAGGAUCACAUAUCUAGAGCCAGAUCCUGAUGAUGAGAAAGAGCUCCAGUGGUUUGAAGAAGACUUGCCUGUUUCUGUUGGUAAGUUCAGGCUUGGCCAAAGUCAGAACACGAAAGAUCGUUCCAGAUUCUCUCAUCUUAUCCAAUGCAAUGAAGGAAGCAACACAAGUCGUCUCACUGUUUUCCCAAGAAAAGGUGAGACGUGGGCUCUGUUCAAGAACUGGGACAUUAACUGGUCUUCAGAGCCAGAUUCUCACCGCAAAUUUGAGUAUGAGUUUGUUGAGAUUUUGUCAGAUUACGCUGAUGGAACUGGUGUAUCUCUUGCAUUCUUGCAUAAAGCAAAAGGGUUUGCAAGUGUCUUCUUUCGGAUGGGAACUGGUGAUGCAGAAAUAUCUCGAAUUCCGCCUCAUGGUUUAUAUCGGUUCUCCCACAGGAUUCCUUCCUUCAAACUGACUGGAAUUGAAGGAAAAGGUUUGCCAAAAGACGCAUACGAGCUGGACCAAGUUGUAUUACCUGAAACUAUCAAAGAGAUAAUUGUCCCUUUUUAUCUAUUAGCAGUGCGUACCGCUUUGAAGUCUAAACCAGAAGCUCUCUGCUUUGCUAAUAAGGGAAAGGUUUUUAAAACUGGGCAGAUUUGGUCUUAUUAUAGGCUAUACAAACGCUUCCCUCGGUACUACGGUAGAAUUGAAAAGAUCACUUUAACUCAGGCAUUCGAGCAGGAUGCAGUAUGUACACUACACAUAAGUCGGUUAAAGGCCACUCCUUUCCCUGAGGAUGUCGUCAAGUGGGAUGACAAUAGAAUGCCUGUUGGUUGUGGAACUUUCUUGGUGAUGAAAGGUAUCGAAAGACUCACGCCUUAUGAGGUUUCACAUCAGAUAGUGCCUCAAACCUCCAUGGAUGGAAAGGAAUAUACCAUUCUUCCCAAGAUUGGCGAUCUUUGGGCCAUAUACAGAUCCUGGUCUCCUCACUUUGAAGUUGAUGGCUUGGAAAGAUGGUAUGACUAUGACGUUGUGGAAGUUCUUGAUGACACCUUGGACUACAAGGUUUUAGAGUUGGAGCCUGUGUCGGUCUCUAAUGAAGAUGAUGAAAAAACAUUCUUUAGAGCAGCUGAGAGUAGUGACUGCGAAGUGGUAUUUACGAUCCGAAAGUCGAAAAGGCUCAAAUUCUCGCAUCAGCUUCAUGCUUCCCGAGUAACCAAGGUGAUAGAUGGAGAUUUGAAAGAGCUUUUUGAAGUUGAUACUAGAGCUAUUACUUCAAUGAUCUUCUCUUCAUACCUUAGAAGUGAGGGUUUGUUUCCCCGAAAAAAGAAGAAGACGUGAGGGUUUGAAGACCCUUGAGCAAAUGUUUGUUCUUUGGUUUAAGAUCUGAGACCUGAAACUUGAUUAAACACUAGUAAUUUGUCUCUGUUUUAGUAUAUGUGCCUGUGUUUUAUAACAUCAAAACUUACUUAAGACUUUCUCCAUGUUCUUCUUUUGUCGGCUCGAAUCUAUGGAAAAUCAUGUAUUUUGUGGACUUAGUUUUUGUCACUCUUGUUGGUCAAAAAGGUUACUAGUGGUUCUCCAAGUUUACUGAAUUAGUCCAUGUGGUUUGUGAUUUGUCAAAGUAUAUACGUAUGUGGAAUGAGUGAAUUAAUAAUAUUGUAACCUAUGGAAAUAAUAAGUAACAGGAAGAUGCUUUGGGGUUUAUAGAUAAAGAGAGAGAGAGAAAAGUAAUUGUAGCUGAAAUGAGGUUUGAGAGCACAAACUUCAUCGAGCGCCGAGAUUUUCUUCAACCAAUGUGCUUAGUAUAUUCGUCUUCAAUGCAUGCAAUGAUGAUGGUUCUGUGAGAUAUUUUCUUUAGAUACUUCUCUCCCUUCUCCGGCUAAAGUUUCCGACGACUGAGGAACCUUACAAGAGGAAGUUGCCUUCUUAAGUCUGUAUCAGUUCUUUGUUUGACGAUGAAUGUCUCUUCUUCUGACGGUGCUACAACAUUUUCUUCAUCUAGUAUUGGUAAUUUUCUCUCUCCUGAUUUGAGUUGUUCUGUGACUAGAAAGGGUAACGAGAAUGGUGAAAGUUCCAAUACUAGUAAAGGGAAGCUCUUUCAAACUGGACAGAUCUGGUCAUUCUACAGUGGCAACGAUGACUUGCCUCUCUACUACGGUAGGAUUCAUAAGAUCACCGUUACUCAAGUGUUCGAGGAAGAAGCAGAAAUCAAAAUGUGUGUACAUCUGUUAAAGGCUAAUCCUUUCCCUGAGAAUGUCAUUCAGUGGGAGGACAAGAAUAUGCCUGUUGGUUGUGGAACUUUCUCCGUGACUAAAUGUUUCAGAAAAUUCACUACAGAUAAUGUUUCACUUCAGAUUGUGCCUCAGACCUCCAUGGGUGGAAAUGAAUAUACCAUUCUGCCCAAGAUUGGGGAUGUUUGGGCCAUUUACAGAUCCUGGACUUGUCACAAUGAGUUCAAGGACAUUGGUUCCUGCACCUAUGACAUUGUCGAAGUUCUUGAUGACACUUCGGACUAUAAGGUUUUAGCAUUGGAGCCCGCGUUGUUUUCUAAUGAAGAGGAAGAAAAAAAGACAUUCUUCAGAGCAGCUGAGAGUAGGCAUCCUGAUUGUGAUGAUGAGGAUGGGUCAGAAGUGAUAUUCACAAUCCCCAUGUCGAAAAUGCUCAGAUUCUCGCAUCAGAUUCCUGCUUCCCGUGUAACCAAGAAGAUAGACAGAGAGUUGAGAGAGCUUUUUGAAGUUGAUUCUAGAGCAUUACCUACAAACGUGAGGGUUUCAAGACCACUGAGCAAAGGGGAAGUGAGGGAAGGGUAGAGAAGGAUUCCUUUUUGGUGCAUUUUGUCAAAAGGUUUGUUCUUUGGUUUAAGAUGUAAGAUCUGAAACUUAUUUAGACUUUCUCCAUGGUUUAGAAACAUGUGGUUCUUUUUAUUGGUUCAAAUCUAUGGAAAGUCAUUGUAUUUUGAGAAGGUUGGAGAA